CAACUGAAUUUACUGUCAAUAUAAACCAACUAACUCCAAAUCUUGAAUUUUUUUUUUUAUAAAACCUCUAAUAAUUUGCUAUACAAGGUACUCUUUAUAUAGUUUUCUUGUUUUCUUGUGUCUAGUGCUUUUCAGUCUUUCUAUUUUGGGAUCUGGGAAGUUUUAGUUUGGAUCAAAAUGGAAGGAACUGAUCAAGUAUUCAACUCAUUGGAGCCAGAAUUCUCUGCUUCCUCACCAGUUACUCGUCAAAAAGCAGCUGCUGCUAAGCAAAUCAUUGAGAAUCAUUACAAGAACUAUCUUCAAGGCUUGCAAGAUCGCAAAGAAAGGCGAAGAGCGUUGCAGAGGAAGGCUCAAGAAGCACAAAUACCGGAUGAUGAGCAAGAGAAGAUGUUAAGGAAUUUGGAGAAGAGGGAGACAGAGUUUAUGAGAUUGCAGAGGCAUAAAGUUGGAAUUGAUGACUUUGAACUGUUGACUGUCAUUGGUAAAGGCGCAUUCGGGGAGGUUAGACUGUGUAGAUUUAAAAGUACAGGCGAUGUUUUUGCCAUGAAGAAGUUGAAGAAAUCAGAGAUGCUUAGUCGAGGGCAGGUUGAACAUGUGAGGUCUGAGAGGAAUUUGCUCGUAGAGGUUGAUAGUCGAUGCAUCGUGAAACUCUUCUAUUCUUUCCAGGAUUCAGACUUCUUAUACCUUAUUAUGGAAUAUUUACCUGGUGGUGACAUUAUGACCUUACUCAUGAGAGAAGAUAUUCUUUCUGAAGACGUCGCACGGUUCUAUAUUGCAGAAAGUAUUUUAGCAAUUCAUUCUAUUCAUCAGCACAAUUAUGUGCACAGGGACAUUAAACCUGAUAACCUUAUACUGGACAAAAAUGGACAUCUAAAGCUUUCUGAUUUCGGUUUAUGUAAACCACUGGAAACUAAAUACUCGUCACUUUUGGAAGAUGAGGAUCUGACAACUCAGGAGUCCUUAAGUGAGACUGCUGAUAGUGAUAGAGAUCCAUGGUUAAUGCCAAAAGAACAAUUACAACAGUGGAAACGCAACCGCCGUGCCCUGGCGUAUUCUACUGUGGGAACUCUUGAUUACAUGGCACCCGAGGUUUUGUUGAAAAAAGGAUAUGGAAUGGAAUGUGAUUGGUGGUCACUGGGAGCAAUCUUGUACGAAAUGCUCGCAGGUUAUCCUCCCUUCUGUUCAGAAGAUCCAAGGCUAACAUGUCGCAAGAUUAUCAAUUGGAGAGCAUGCUUGAAAUUCCCGGAAGAACCAAAAGUAUCAGAUGAGGCUAAGGAUUUGAUCUGUCGUUUGUUGUGUGAUGUUGAAUCAAGGUUGGGGACCAGAGGAGUGGAAGAAAUAAAGGCUCAUCCUUGGUUCGAAGGAACUAAGUGGGAUGCACUUUACGCAAUGGAAGCUGCCUACAAACCCAUUGUUACAGGACAAUUAGACACUCAGAAUUUUGAGAAGUUUCCUGAAGUAGAAGGUACACAAUCGACAGCACCAAAAGUGGGACCUUGGCGAAAGAUGUUAACAUCAAAAGAUGCCAAUUUUAUUGGAUAUACUUACAAGAAAUCAGACAUCCUUAAAUCAGCUGGAACUUCAGGGAUAGACGCGAGUUCAAAUAGAUCAAAGCCUCCUCCAUCGUUAGUAUCAUUAUUUGGCCGCGUAGACUUGCAAGACACAAUAAAGGAGGACAACCAAAAGAGGAACAGCUGAACUUGGAGUCCCCUUUGCAUGUCUUUUAGUUCCUACAGAGGACAAGAAGCACAAAUUGUUUGUGUAUAUAAGGGGGAAUAAACAGUCAGAAUUAAAUUUCUCAAUUUUUUUGAGUGCCAUUUUUAUUCUCUCUGGCCUUCACCAUGUAAUAUGGUAAAUGUACAGGAAAACAUAUACAUGGCUCAAUUCAAUCAAAUAGCAUUUAUGGGAAA